UGAUAGCAGUGAGGGAAGAAUGAUCAGGCAUAUAAUGGGUUUUUAUAUAUUUUUAUUUAUACAAAAAUGACAUUUAAAAUUUUCACACAUUAAAGGUUUGAACCUAGUAACCUGUUUAAAAAAAUAGUAAAAAGGAUUUUUAACUGGCAAUGAAUUAUGUUUUCAAACUUUGGUUUCUAACAAGCAUUUUUUAAAGACUGGUUAUAAAUUACAGAUGGGGAUGAGGUAAAAAAUAAUAAUAAAUGAUAGAUAUUGAAGCUAAUUGAAGCUACUGUAAGCUUCCUGGUGACUCACUGAGUGGUGACACAUAAGUAAGAGGACAUCAGAAGGCGUGGCUUUGGGAAACCUGUUGGAGGUGAGUCAUGUUCUGUUUGCUCUCCUCCCAGUGGACAACAUGGCGCACUGAACACUCAUCACCUGCGCUUUUCACGGCUCGGUAGUUAUACUUGUACCGUAGCCUCAAGAACAGUUUAUGAGUAAAAAAAAGUAACCCAAUUAUACUAGAUUACAUUUCCGGCGUGUGUUUUGAACUUGGACCAGAUGAAACCCUUAGCGGAGCCAUGUAACGAGCAUCAGAAGAAAAGCUCCGGAGAGAUGAUGGCGAAUGAAGCGGUACCUGUUGGGAACACCGGAGAGGGUCAAACCCAGAUGAAUGGGUUCUCUGUGCCUCAUGAUGUGAGCAGUCCUGUUCCACAGUCACAGCUUGCAUCCUCGUCUGUCCAUCAAGGACCGGUCAACCUUCCCAGAGGGCAGUGGGGUGGCAAGUAUGAGUUUCUGCUCUCCUGCAUCGGCUAUUGCGUCGGCCUGGGAAACGUCUGGAGAUUCCCUUACCUUUGUUACCGGAAUGGUGGAGGUGUGUUUCUCAUCCCGUACUUCAUAAUGCUCUUCUUCACGGGCAUGCCCCUCUUCCUCAUGGAACUCAGCCUGGGUCAGUACGGAGCUGCAGGUCCCAUCACCGUCUGGAAGUGCUGCCCACUGCUCAAAGGGAUUGGUAUCGGGAUGCUGUGUGUGUCCACACUGGUGUGUCUUUACUACAAUGUCAUCAUCGCUUGGACAUUUUAUUACCUGGCAAGUUCUUUUCAGAGCCCGCUGCCAUGGUCCUGUGAUGCUAUUGCUAAUGCUGCUCUGUGUAGGAACAACACCAAUGUCACACAUUCCCUUAGUGCUUCUGAGGUCUUCUGGAAUGAACGUGUCCUGGGUGUGGUGAACAGUGAGGGCCUGAAUGACCCUGGUCCAGUGAGGUGGCAGCUUGCUUUGUGUUUGCUGGCUGCUUGGGUCAUCAUAUUCCUGUGUAUCCUGAAGGGUAUUCACAGCUCUGGCAAGGUGGUCUAUGUGACAGCCACGUUCCCCUACUUUGUGCUGAUUGUUCUGAUUAUCAGAGGUGCCACUUUAGAGGGCUCCCUCCAGGGUGUAGCCUUUUAUCUCACUCCAGUCUGGGAGCGACUUGCUAAUGCACAGGUGUGGAAUGAUGCAGCCUCACAGAUCUUCUACUCACUGGGCAUUGGAGUAGGAGGACUUCUUUCUAUGGCUUCCUACAAUAAAUUUGACAAUAAUGUCAUCAGGGACACACUAGUCAUCACUAUAGGCAAUUGUGCCACCAGCUUUUUUGCUGGCUUCGCUAUCUUUUCUAUCCUGGGUCACAUGGCCUGGAAGAAGGGUGUGCCUGUGGAAGAGGUAGCUGAUACAGGUCCAGGCUUGGCGUUUGUAGCUUAUCCAGAAGCCCUGGCUCUUCUGCCUGGUUCAGUUUUCUGGGCCAUUCUGUUUUUCCUCAUGCUCUUUAUGCUGGGAGUAGACACACUGUUUGGUAAUAUGGAAGGUAUUACCACAGCAGUACUGGAUGAGUUUCCUCAGCUCAGAGUCAAUAUGAAGCAGAAGACCAUUUUCUUGGCCCUACUCUGCUUUGGCUUCUACCUGAUGGGACUGUUACUGGUAACUGAUGGAGGGAUUUACUGGUUCACCCUCAUAGACUCAUUCAGCACCAGUUUUGGUCUCAUCAUCAUCACUCUGUUCAUGUGUCUGGGCAUCUCAUUCUUCUAUGGAGUGAACCAAUUCUGCCAGGACAUAGUGGACAUGAUCUGUCCCUGCCCAUCCUGGUGCACCAAACUGCUGCUCUACUUCAAAGCAUGCUGGGUUUUCUGCACCCCCUUCCUGUUACUGUUCAUCCUGACCUACAUCUUCAUUGAGAUGUACAGAACAUCCCUGUAUUAUGGUUCAUAUCAGUACCCCACAUGGGGCAAAGGGCUGGGGGUGUGUAUGGGCCUCAUCUGCUGCCUGCAAAUCCCCAUCUGGGCCAUUGUAGCUGUCUGGAAAGAGUCUGGCACCAUAAUGGAACGCUUCCAGAAAGCCAUCCGACCGCUGAACUCCUGGCGAGACAACAACCAGGGCAAUGGCGCUCAGGCACAGAGCUUAGAGCCUGAGAGAGUGGAAGGACCCUACACCGUCAACCUGACCGAUAAUGACUUCACUGCGAUGACGUGGGAAGCGAGUGAGGCAUAAUCACUGUGCCAGUGUGAGAAGGCUGAACUGCACCUUAUCGUUAAAGGAUAUGGAUUUCGAAGCCUUAUUGAUGGUCAUGGGAGCAAGAUCAUACUAUGAGGAUUAAAUGCACUAUAUGUUUUUUUUAGUGCAUCGACAGUGACUAUUUCCUUAAAGGAACUUAACAAAACUGAAAAUAAGUUUUGUUUUCGGUGACAGGCAUGAGAAAUGCUCAUCAGUUCAUAUUUUCAACCACAGUCACUGCUCAGAAAGCAGUAAGCGCUUCCCCAAUGGGGAUUUUUUUUAUAACAAUUAAUGCAAGUUAAACUUUUUCCAAACGCAAAUUUUUAAUGAUCAUUUUAUUAAAAUAUUUUAUGGAGUAACAUUU